GUGUUAUUCAAGACAAAAUGUUAUGCUCAGUUAUGUGUUGAGUCACUGUUGUAACUUCACUACACUUAUUCUCAACUGACGGUGGUUUUCCAGAAUGAUGAACUUUGACGACGUGUUGAGACAACUGGGGGAGUUUGGUACGUACCAGAAAUGGCUGUAUGUACUUCUGUGUCUACCAUCAAUACCACAGUCUCUCCAGGUCAUACAGGCAGCUGUGUUUUUGUUCGCGGUUCCUGAACACAGGUGCGCAAUUCCAGGACUGGCAAAUGACACCUACGAAAUUCAGAAUGACUUUCACGAACAACUCAUAAACAGUUCCAUUCCCAUGACAUCUGGUUACUAUGGCGAUGAGAAGUAUUCCCGCUGUCAACUGUAUCUACAAACCAAUACCUCCAAUAUACCUACAAGUAAUAUCACAGAGCCUUGUAAUGCCUGGGUGUACGACCAAUCACAGUUCAUGUCCACGAUUUCAGAAACGCUUGAUUUUGUCUGCGAGAAGAGGUCCUACGUGAGUCAUGCCAAGAUGCUUGGUAUGUUUGGGCAUCUGGUCGGCGGUGUGAUUAGUGGUCCAUUGUCAGACAUGUUUGGAAGACGACCAGUUAUAAUCACUAACAUGUUCAUCCUGGUGGUGCUCAGCAUCUGUCUGGUGUGGUCCAACUCAGCCCCCUUGAUCUUCAUCCUUGAUUUUAUCAUUCAAUGUGUCGCCCUGGGACAGUACCUCGUUUGCUUCGUAUUUGGAAUGGAAAUAGUGGGUCCGGCUAAGCGUAUGUGGGCAGGAGUUGCCAUGAACCUCUUCUGGAGCGCGGGGAACAUGGUGUCAGCUCUUACAGCCUAUCUCUUCCGGGACUGGAAGACUCGACAGCUGAUUGUCAGCAUUCCGGCAAUUCUCUUUGCGUAUUUGUAUUUUAUCCCAGAGUCUCCAAGGUGGCUUCUUAAACAUGGAAAAAGGGAAGAGGCUAAAAUCAUAAUGGCAAGUAUGUCAAAGAAGAACAAAGUUAAACUAGAUCCAGAUAUUCUUGAUGAGGUCGAUAUCGAAAAGGAAGAGGUAAAACAAGAACCAUUCUGGAAUCUCUUGAAGUCAUCAGUGAUGAUGCGGCGAAUGAUCAUCAUCUGCUAUAACUGGUUUGCAGUUGGAAUGGGUUUCUACGGCCUCAGCAUGAACGUCAACAACCUCGCUGGUAGCAUCUACCUCAACUUCUUCUUGUUCAUCACCGUGGAGGCUGCUGCAUACGUGUCCUGUUUUUUCCUAAUGGAUCGUAUUGGCCGCAAGUUGUUGCUGUGUAUAUCGAUGGCACUUACAGGGGCAGCAUGCAUUCUGCCUUUGGUCCCAGUCCUGGUUUCGGAUACACCUGAGAAAUGGGCCAUCAAUAUCCUCGCUAUCAUCGGAAACACGUGUGCCUCUGCUGCCAUGUGUAGCGUCUACACCUUCACAGCUGAACUCAUGCCGACCACGUCAAGGACAUUUGGCAUGUCAAUGAGUUCUGUGUGCUGUAGAGUCGGAAGUCUACUCUCUCCAUAUAUUGUUGACCUGACCCUGCACGUAUCAGGACGGUUUGGUCAGAUUCUCCCAAUGCUGAUAUUCGGGGGUAUCACAAUCUUGGCGGCACUUCUGGCUCUGCUCCUCCCGGAAACGCGGAACAAGAGGCUACCGGAAUCCAUAAAGGAAGCUGAGAUGCUCGGGACGAGCGAGUACGACAAAGAUGUCACAGGCACAUCUCCAGUUGAACUAAUUCUACUUGAAUCUGAGUCAAAGGAGAAAGACGGCGAAGCUGAAGAUAUGACAUAAAUGACAAUGUUCCAGGCGGUCUGCUUUGUGAUGAAAUAAACAUAGAUGUACAGGACAUAUAUAACCCAUCUCAUUGUGAAUGCCGUCUAACAUUUUCAGAACGUAUGAGACACAACAAUCAAAUAUUGCCAUGUAUGUUACAUUGUUUUCAUGUAUAGAAAGCGAUUAUUGUGAGUA